AGAGUGCAGCAAAAUGGCAGAAGCCAGUAUUUCAAUAGAUCAGGAACAUUUCAACUGCUGUAUCUGUUUAGACCUUCUGAAGGAUCCAGUGACUAUCCCAUGUGGACACAGCUUCUGUAUGGUGUGUAUUAAUGGGUUCUGGAAUGAAGAAAAUCAGAAGAGAACCUAUAGCUGCCCACAGUGCCGGGAGACUUUCACUCCGAGACCUGUCCUGCGCAGGAAUAAUGUCAUAAGUGAAGUAGUGAACAAACUAAAAAAAACUGAAGUCAAUACUUUGUUACCAGCAACUUUAGACUUCUUUUGUCCUCCGUCUGAAGUUCAGGAUGUGGAGUGUGAUUCUUGUACUGGUGAGAAAAAGAAAGCUGUUAAAUCCUGUUUGACUUGCUUGGCCUCAUAUUGUGAUACUCACGUUCAGCCUCACCAUGAGUCUACAGCCUUCAGAAGACACAAACUUGUUAUGGCCUUGAGUAACUUACAGGAGAAAAUCUGCACACGGCAUGAUAAGCUUAUUGAGGUUUUCUGUCGCACUGAUCAGAGAGGUAUUUGCUACCAGUGUUUGCUGACUGAACACAAAGACCACAAUACUGUGUCAGUUGAAGAUAUAUGGAGGGAGAAAAAGAAGCUCCUAACAGAAGUGCAGAUGAAUUCCAAGAAAAAACUUCAGAAUACUGAAGAAAGGCUUACGAUGUUGGUGCAGGGAAUGGAGUCUUUUAAGCGAUCCGCACAGACAGCAGUGGAGGCCAAUGAAAGAAUCUGUAAUGAAAUGAUCCAGUUCAUUGAGAAAAGGCGUCUUCAAGUGACAGAGCUAAUCCGAGCUCAGGAAAAGGCUGAACUUGAUCAAGCAGCAGGACUGCAGGAGCAGCUGGAGCAGAAAAUUGAAUCGAUUAAACGAAGAUCGGCUGAACUGAAGCUGCUUUCCAGUCAAAAUGAUCACAUUAAUUUUCUCCAGGCUUUCCAGUCUCUUUGUGCAGCUAUUGAAUCUGACAGUAAUCUGAGCAGUAGCAUAAAUACACAGUUUACUUUUGAUGAAAUUGCAAGUACUCUGUCUGGGGUGAAACAGUCACUGGAGGAAAACUUCAACAUCAGAAAAGUAUCUGACAAACUUUCUUACAGUGAGGUCAUUUCUAGUCCAGAACCCACAAGUAGAAGUGACUUCUUAAAAUAUUCCUGCAAACUUUUGUUGGAUCCUAACACGGCAAAUCCAUCUCUUUACAUUGCUGAGGAAAACAGUGCAGCAGAAAGACGUGAUCAAGAGCAAUCACUUCCUGAUCUUUCAGAGAGAUUUAGUUACUUUGUGCAAGUGCUUUGUAAAGAAAGUGUAUCAAGAAGAUGUUACUUUGAGAUCGAAUGGAUGGGACAAAAAGGUGGCACUAUUGCAGUCUCAUAUAAAGGAAUAGUAAGGAAAGGGAAUUCUUUACAUUGCAAAGUAGGACAUAACAAUCAAUCUUGGGGUUUGUUCUGUUCUCCUGCUGGUUCUUAUUACAUUCAUGAUAGUAAGAGUGUAGUCUGUUGUUGUAAGUCAAAUAAGAUCGGAGUGUAUCUGGACCACAGGGCAGGAACUCUGUCCUUCUAUAGCAUCUCUGACAAAAUGACUCUCAUACACAGAGUCCAGACCACAUUCACUCAGCCACUCUACCCUGGAUUUUGGGUCAGUCCAAAUUCUACAGUUAAACUGUGUAACCAAAAAUAAUACAAUAAUAAUAUAAUUUUGUAAUAAUACAAAAUGAUACUUUUUAGGCCUAAAUAUAUUGGAUUAUAAUAUAAUUAGUCCAAUGAAUUCUUUGUAUAUGGUAUUUUGUACAAUUUGUUUCCUAAUUUAAUAUGCAAGCAUGGGGCAUGGUAAUGCAUAUUAUUUAUCUCCUUGUAAUAACUGCUCAUAAUAAUUGCUGUUUAAUAUGGGCAGUAGCAGCGUAGCACUUAGUAAUCAGAAGGGUAUUUUACUGCGGCGCCACCUGAGUGGCCUAAGAACAGCAUUUUUAUUCAAUGUUUUCAUCUGUUCUCCAUGUUCCCUUUAAUUAGUAUUUAAACCCUUAGUGUGUCUAUGUUUUUGCAUAGUAUUGUCAUUUUUGUUAGCACUGCACCGGGACUUGUUUCUGUUGAGUCUUGUUUUUUCUUAGUUCUUUGCUUCAUGAUAUUGCUGUGCAUGACCCAAGCCUGUUAUCUCUAGUUAUGAUUAUGGACUGUCCUGUUAUUUCUGUGUUUGCAUGUGGAUUUUGAUCUUGAUUAUUUGACCAUUGACCAUAAAAAAAAAUACGCGCUGAGCAUUCACACUAGUCUUGCCUCAAAUCAUCUAAUGUUAAAACUAAAGCAAGAAGAUUUAACAAAGAGUAUUAAAAAUGUAUAUAACUUAACAAAGCAUUAUGAACUAAAAUUAAUUUGAUUUAAAAAGUAUUAAACUGUAUAUAAAAUGCCCACUUUACUUAAUGCUACAGCAUUUCUGUUUGCAUCUGUUAAAGCAAAGUUCAGUAAAUUCAAAAAAUUUUUUUACUAUA